GCGCUGUGCUGUCGCUGUGCCCUUCUCGCCGCCGCCGGUGAGGCUCGGCCGCGCCCGCCGCGGUGAGGCGGCAUGGGCAAGAGCUGCAAGGUGGUGGUGUGCGGGCAGGCCUCGGUGGGGAAAACCUCCAUCCUGGAGCAGCUGCUCUAUGGGAACCAUGUGGUCGGCUCGGAGAUGAUCGAGACCCAGGAGGACAUUUACGUGGGCUCCAUCGAGACCGACCGCGGCGUGAGGGAGCAGGUGCGCUUCUACGACACGCGGGGGCUGCGCGACGGGCUGGAGCUGCCCAAGCACUGCUUCUCCUGCACCGACGGCUACGUGCUGGUCUACAGCACCGACAGCAAGGAGUCCUUCAAGCGGGUCGAGCUGCUCAAGAAGGAGAUCGACAAGUCCAAGGACAAGAAGGAGGUCACCAUUGUGGUUUUGGGCAACAAGUGUGACCUGCAGGAGCAGCGCCGGGUGGACCAUGAUGCAGCCCAGCACUGGGCCAAGGGUGAGAAGGUGAAGCUGUGGGAGGUGUCCGUGGCUGACCGGCGCACGCUGAUCGAGCCCUUCAUCUACCUGGCCAGCAAGAUGACACAGCCACAGAGCAAAUCCGCCUUCCCCCUGAGCCGCAAGAACAAGGGCAGUGGAUCCAUGGAUGGAUGAGCCUGCUCCCCCUUUCCUUCCGUUGCCACCUCCUCUUCCUCACCUUCCUGCUUCCCUCGCACACACCUCCUGCUGAGUCCUGUCUGGUGUCACGGAGCCUGUGGGAAGCAGGUGACCAGGAGGAACAGUCAUGCCAGGGAUGGUCCUGGUGGACAAGAGAGGCAGUGGGACAGAACCACUCCCCUCCCUGCCCAGCCCCUGCAGCUGUCAGAGGUGCUACAGGAAGGUCAGGAUUCACUCAGUGACCCCCUCUGCUCUCAGGUGCAGGCUGGGAGAGUGGAACAGAGGCACAGCACAGGCUGGCUGGAGCGUGGGCAUCAGCUCCACAUCUGGAGAGAACAACUCCCUCUUUUUGUGUUUCCUGAUAACAUCUGGGCAGGGCCUGUUUGCUGGCCCUGCCUCCAAGCCAAGCAGCUCUCCUUGCCCUGCCCCAGCUUGCUCUGUGCUGCUCCCUGGCAGCUUGUCCCUUACCCUGGCAGUGUCCACUGCUGCUUUAUGCACUGGAAUAUCCAGACCUGCUGCACCAGGGAAUGCCCAGAGCAGGGUAGGUGCUGUUCCUGAGGGCAGAGCGCCCAAAUCCACCCCUGCAGCCCUCCUCUUCCUGAGUGCAGACUCAGCCAUGAGCUUGGAGGAGAUGGGGUUGUGCUUCAGCUGCACACCUAGAUCCUUGCAGGAGCUGGGACUGCACUUGCCCUGCACAACUCAGAGCUUUGGGCUAUGGCAGCUCUCACUGCCCACCUGUCACAAUGCUGCCUCUUCUCUGAACUACCUUAACACAAGGCACAGGUGUCCCAGCCUUACCCAGCAACACUUGUUCCCUUCAGGUAGUCUGGAUGUAGGAAAAGAAUUGAUGAAAAGCCCCAGUGUGUUUAUACUUGUUCCUUUUAUUUACCGAGUAACACAAUAAAGCGAUGAGAUUCGGUUAUCAAAA